AUGCGCAGGUUUGUCCCCAACUACUCAUACCUGCAGAGCCAGGCCCUGUGGAGGAUGGAGCUGGUGUUUGUAGCUCAGGGUGGGGGGGACAACAACAUCUUCACCCCAGAGCGUCUCCACACCAUCCACCACAUAGAGCGCCUGCUCAUGCAGCACCCCCAGUUCCAACAGUUCUGUUGGAAGCCUCUGGAAGUCCUGAGAGACCUGCCCCUGGGCCCCUCCUACUGCUCCCCUCCAAGCUCCCUCCUCUCCUACCUCUUCCCCAGUGAACGGGGAGGCAGGAUCUACUACGACGGCAUGGGACCCAACCUGGCUGACAUCCAUGGUGCUCUGAGUCUAGCGAUCACCCACCCACAGUUCUACUGGUAUGUGGAUGAGAGUCUGGCCCCUGACCGGCUCUCCUCCUCUCUCCUGCGCAGUGAGAUCCAAUUUGGAGCUCCGCUGCCCUCUUACUGCUCCCUCCAGGACCGGCCUGAGGAGCAGAGAAGCCGCUUCAGGAACUUUGUGGUUCAGUACGCUGACAUCCUGGCUCAGCAGUCCACCAGCCAGGUGAAGGUGUUGUAUGGGGGCACAGAGCUGUUUGAUAACGAGGUGAGACAGACCUUCCACAGAGACAUGUUGCUGGCGCUGAUCAGUGGAGGCUGUAUCACUCUGCUGGUCUAUUUCCUCACCUCCUUCUCAAUGUUCCUGACAUUCUUUGGGCUCACUAGCAUUGGUCUGAGCUGCCUGGUGGCUCUUUUUCUCUACCAUGUGGUCUUUGGGGUGAGAUACCUGGGCAUCCUCAAUGGGGUUGCAGCCUUUGUGAUCAUUGGCAUUGGUGUGGAUGAUGUGUUUGUGUUCAUGAGUACCUUCAGACAGGCUUCCCACCUAGUCCAUCCAGUCCAGAGGAUGGUGUACACGGUGAAAACAGCUGGCCGGGCAACCUUCCUCACCUCCUUCACCACCGCAGCCGCAUAUGCUGCCAACACCUUCUCACAGAUUCCAGCCGUGCAUGACUUUGGCCUGUUCAUGGCCCUCAUCGUCAGCUGCUGCUGGCUUUGGGUGUCAAUCCUCAUGCCCGCUGCCCUGUGUAUCUGGACCCAGUGUAUUGACCCCCAGGAGAAUUCCUGUCUCAAAUGGUGGAAGGCACUUGCAGGACUGCCAGUGAGCCACAGUCCUUUGUCAGAUGAGGAUGACGAUGUGACCCUACUGUCAGUGGAGAUGGAGCCAGGCUCCUGUGACACAGAUGUAGAUGCAGCCAUUCUGUCCCUGUCAGUGGAGACUUCUCUCUCACCACCAGAGCAGGGAACUUCAGGCAUGGUCAGCACUUACCUUCAGUGGGCUCUGAGGCACUGGGUGGCAGAGCCAGCCGUGGAGAACCGUAAAGUCAUUCUAGUCUGUGUCUUGCUGCAAAUAGGAAUCUACAUCCUGGUCCUGCUGCUGUCUGCUGGGUGCUGCUGCCUCCUGCGGCCGGCCACUCAUGCCCCGUUACUGUUUCGUCCAGACACCAACCUCCAGACUCUACUGGGACUGAGGAACAACCUCAGUGCCCAGGGCAUAUCCUGCCACAUGUGCUCUGGGCCUCUGCUGACCGUGUAUGUCUCUAAGCUGGAUUUAGGCGCUUCUAUCACUCUGUACCGCUUCUCUCUGAAUACUAGCAUGCCCUCGCCUUGGAAAAGCCUCAGUCCUAGGAAUGGAGAAGUUCCAUCUUUUCAGGCUUACGUUGAACCUCACAGCAACUUCAGCACCCACAUGACUGUGUGUGUGUCCCACCCCAGCCCUCGCUGGAUGAUCACUUCCCAGUCAUGUGACCCGCGCCACGGCUGGAAGUCAGAGUUCAGCUUCUAUGUGGCAUCGGCUGAGCAGCAGCACAGCAGGAGGCUGUAUUUUGCCCAGCACAAGCUUAGUCCUCAUCCAAGCCGAGUGUGUGCAGAACCACCUGGUUGUGUGAUCAGCUCCGGGCCUGACGGACCCACACGGGGCUACUUCUACACACCGCUCCCCACAGAUUCCACCUCAACGAAAAGGUCCAGGACCUCCGGUUUUAACCCCUGUAGUGGAGGUGGCUGUGGCCAGCCAGCAGUCCGUCCUCUGGUUGACACUGGUGCCAUGGUGUUUGGAAUACUGGGAGUCAACCGCACCCAACGCACAGACAACCACGUCAUUGGGGACAUGGGCAGUGUGAUAUUGGAUCCAAACUUUGAUAUCUUCCAAGAGAUUGGUCAUCUCUGCCAAAUCUGUAAAGUCAUCAGUGCUAAUAAACAGCUUGUGAAGCCGGGAGGAGCCCAAUGUCUACCCUCCGGCAACAAACUUUCUUUUAUCCUGCCCUUACUCCACCCAGACUGCCACUCACUCCCUGAGCCCAACCUGUUGCCAGGCCAGCUGUCCCAUGGGGCCGUGGGGACACACGGUGGCAGAGUGCGCUGGCUCUCCAUGGCCUUUGAGUCUACCACCUACAAGGGGAAAUCCUCUUUCCAGACUCGCUCAGACUUCCUCCAAUGGGAGACCUUCCUACAAGAGCAGCUCUCAGCUCUCCCAGAGUCCUCUGCUCUACGGAGAGGUUUCCAGACCUGUGAGCACUGGAAGCAGAUCUUUAUGGAAAUCAUAGGUGUGGAGAGCGCCCUCUGCAGUCUGCUCCUGUCCCUGGCCAUCUGUGUGGCAGCUGUGUCUGUUUUCACUGCCCAUAUGCUUCUGCUGCUGCCAAUACUGCUCACCAUUAUGGGGGUCAUCUGUCUGGUGGUGGCCAUCAUGUACUGGCUGGGCUGGGAGUUGGGUGCCGUGGAGGCCAUCUCUCUGUCCAUCCUAGUGGGCUCCUCAGUGGACUACUGCCUGCACCUGGUGGAGGGCUACCUGCUGGCUGGGGAGACCUUACCAGCCACACCAGAACACACUAUGGAUCUAUCAGCUAAAAGGCAGAGACGGACCCUAGACGCAGUGAACCACGUAGGAGUUGCCAUAGUGUCCAGUGCUGUCACCACAGUCAUUUCAACCAUCCCUCUCUUCUUCUGUGUCAUCGUGCCUUUUGCUAAAUUUGGUCAGAUCGUGGCCAUAAACACAGUAGUGUCCAUCUUGUUCACCCUGACUGUGACAGCAGCCAUGUUAGCCACCAUGGGCCCUGCCAACUUCCACAGGCCUCCCGGUGCCGUGCUGAAGGCCAGCCUGGCAGUACUGGGAACCACAGCCUUUGGCGUUGCCCUGUGCUGGGCAACUAGGACCAGUCCCUGGCACACAGUAGUCACCAUGUGACCACAAAAACUCAACCACUACUGUUACCUCUGUAAGCAGAACUAAGAGGCUUGGUCUAAACCUCAGUUUAGUAUUGUUCUAUACAUGCAGCUGGAAGGAUUCAGAUAAGUAAAAGCAUCUUGUUUGAGUAGACCAUUCUUGAUGUGGAUAAAGUUGAAUAAUUUUUUUACCAAAAGAACAGAAUGUGGUCUCUUGAGAAUAAAUAGUCUGCAGAAUAGGCUUUGGUUUCUGUGGAUGCAGCCUACUGCUCACAGGAGAUUACAGUGUUGAUUUAAAUACUGGUUGGGUCCACAUUACUUUGUUCCUGAGAAUAUUUAUUUUUUCUGAAAAUUACUGGCUUCUCUGACCUGCUGUUAGCACUAACCUCUGAUGGUUGGAAACCACACUUUGAGGUCCAAGAAGACAGGUGUUGAAUCAACAAAAAAAUAUGAAUCAUUGUCAUGCACUCCCUUAUUCCAGUGAUAAGCCUAUCACUCACAUCACACCUCUUCACUUGUCUGAUUGUUCAGAAGAGAACAUUGCGAGUCAAAAGAGUAUUCAAGAAAAGGCCAGUGUAAAUUGGGAAGAUUGUAAAAACUGGGAUAAAAGGUGCUUUACUUUACUGGCCUCACUCUUGUCCAGUCUACAUGUGUAGAUCUUAGAUGUAGUGUGAGAUAUCCCAUCGGGUACUUGGUCACCUCCCUGACCAAGGAAGGCCCUUCUCCCUGAUU